UUGAUGAAAUUACAAAUUUAAUAAUUGAUACAUUUGUAGAAUAUGCUGUUAAAGUUGGUAUUGGAACAACUCAGGCAGAAAUAGUCGCGAACACUAUGGUUACUUUAUCAUCAGUGAAUGUUCGUGGCAAAAUUAUUGCACGACUAAGAAAUGUAAGAAUCAUAUACAAUAAUAAUAGUUUUGAAUCUACGCGUGAUAUGCCAGAUACUAUGCCUCUUAGUUCUUUAGAAACUGUAAUUCAAGCAUUGUUGGAAGUUAUUAUUUGUGGAGCACCUUCUGUUGAUCCUGAUUUAAAUUUGAUUCAUUCAUCAAUGCUAGGAUAUCUAGCAGCUUUAUUACCUUUAUCCGCAAAAAAUGGGGAUAUGAAAGAGUUGCUAUGGUUGUGUGGAAUCUUUGACAUGGACAUUGAUAAUUCAGAAUUAUCUACUACAUAUUUCGCGAUAUUUGAAAAACUCGAUAUACCUGAUAACAGAACAGCAUUGCUUUUGGUUUCAUUGAUGGUUACAAUGCUUCAGAAUGCAGAACAUGAACCUGAACGAUUGUUUUUAUACGGAUUUCUGGCGGAAGCUGCGAAUGCCGUACAGUCCAUACUACUCGCCGUUGCUUCUGUACCACAAUUAGCAAGGCCACCAGAAAAUCAUACUUCAUAUUUGGAAGAAGUCAAGUUUAAUAACUUGAUGGAGUGUGGAUCCUUCCAAUCAGUUACUAGGGAAAAGAUGAAAAAUAAUGCUAGGUUGGCUAGUGAAUUAGUGGACUGUAUUAUUAGUCCAGAUUAA